AUGGAGGAUGACCUGGAGCCUCCCACAGGACUACGGGCGCAGGUUCAGGGCAGGGUCCUGCUGCUGACCAUCUGUGCAGCCGGCAUUGGAGGGACUUUUCAGUUUGGCUACAACCUCUCCAUCAUCAACGCCCCGACCUUGCACAUUCAGGACUUCACCAAUGCCACCUGGCAGGCGCGGACUGGCAAGCCACUGCCCGACCACGGGGUUCUGCUAGUGUGGUCGCUCAUCGUGUCUCUGUUCUCCCUGGGGGGCCUCUGUGGGGCCCUACUUGCAGGACCCCUGGCCGUCAUGCUGGGAAGAGGGGCUGGAGGACGCGGGGGUCAGCAGCCGUGGCCUCUGUCCUCUCUGUGCUUAGCCCUGCGGCGGCUGCGGGGCAGCGGGGACGUGGUGGCCGAGCUGCAGGAGCUGGCGGCUGAGCGAGCCGCCUGCCGGGGCCAGCGGGCGCGGCGCCCAUGGGAGCUGUUCCGGGACCCUGGACUGCGGAGGCAGGUGGCCAGCCUGGUGGUGCUGGGCAGUGCCAUGGAGCUGUGUGGCAAUGACUCGGUGUACGCCUACGCCUCCUCGGUGUUCCGGCAGGCCGGCGUGCCUGAGGACAGGGUCCAGUACGCCAUCGUCGGGACUGGGAGCUGCGAGCUGUUGGCGGCUGUUGUCAGCUGUGUGGUGAUCGAGAGAGUGGGCCGGCGGGUGCUGCUGACGGGGGGCUACUGCCUCAUGGCCUGCUGGGGGGGCAUCUUCACAGUGGCCCUGUGCCUGCAGACCUCCUGCCCCUGGGCGCCGUACCUGGCCAUGUCCUGCAUCUUUGCCUUCAUCCUCAGCUUUGGCAUCGGCCCCGCUGGAGUGACGGGGAUCCUGGCCACUGAGCUGUUUGACCAGACUGCCCGGCCUGCUGCCUACGUGGUCUGCGGGGCGCUCCUGUGGUCUACGCUCUUCCUGGUGGGGCUGGGCUUCCCCUUUGUCAUGGAGGGCCUGUCCUGCUUCCUCUAUGUCCCCUUCGUCCUCAUCUGCGUCUGUGGGGCCACCUACACGGCCUUCUUCCUUCCUGAGACCAAAGGCAAGACCUUCCUGCAGAUCUCUGAGGAACUGGACAGACUCAACUUCCCCGGCCGGACCCACGGGCCUGGGUGGAGGGACCCAGAGGUCAUUCAGUCCACAGAGCUGUAA